CUAGGAUUCACUUCAGCGCUUUAGCAAGUGACCAUAGAAAUUACGCAGAAACCUGCUUUAGUGUAAUAGCGACGGAUGUCUGUCGGAAAACGAAGAACGGUCAUAAUGCCCACCACCAUUUACUAGCAACGCACGCAAAAUUAAUCACAAAGCAAGCAAACUAGCUAUCUAACCGGAUAACAUUAUGUAGCCAACAUUAGGGUUAAGUAACUAGCUAGGAUAACGCAAGUUAAAAUUUGGCUUUACCACUGGGUAAAAGUGUGAAUCCUUGGUGUGUCAUCUAGCUAGCUAACCUAGCUAGUUUCAAGUAAAAGGUUAACAGUCAAGACUACCCGAAAAGUAGGUUAACCUAACGAGUUGGACUGGGUAGCUAACUUGGAUCAGGUGGAAGAGCCAUGCGUGGCUGUGUGUGGAGCUCCAGAGCUCUGUCCCCUGGCCUGCUGCUUCGUCUUCUAAGGGAUGCUAGGUGCUGUGGACACAGGCUGGACCGUCAGGGCCCCUGGGGCUCGGUCCGGUUGUUAGCCACAGCUCAGGACACCCAGCCUGUACCCCUCCCCAGUCAAGCCCGAGUAGUGAUCUGUGGUGGAGGCAUUGUUGGAACAUCAGUGGCCUAUCAUCUUGCAAAGUUGGGAUGGACAGAGAUAGUGCUCCUAGAGCAGGGCAGGCUUGGAGCUGGCACAACACGUUUGUGUGCUGGAAUUAUAAGUGUUGCCAAACCUAUUUCUAUUGAGAGCCAAAUGGCAGACUACUCUAAUGCACUCUAUGAGCGUUUGGAAGAGGAGACAGGAGUCAAAACAGCUUUUGUUAGGACUGGCUCGCUGUGUUUGGCUCAGAACCAGGAUAGAUUCCUGUCUCUGAAGCGCUUGGCAUCCAGGCUUAGGGUCUUGGGAAUCGCCUGUAAUGUCAUUAAACCCAAAGAAGUUGUAAAGCUUCAUCCCUUGGUGAACAUUCAUGACUUGGUGGGUGCUCUUCAUCUCCCAGGAGAUGCUAUGGCAUCACCACCGGACAUCAAUCAUGCACUUGCUGUGGCUGCUGCGCGACACGGAGUUCAAAUCCAUGAAAGAACCAGUGUGAACCAUGUUCUCAUGGAGAAGGGCCAUGUCACAGGUGUGGAGACCGACCGAGGCCCUAUUGAGUGCGAGUACUUUGUCAACUGCGCUGGACAGUGGGCAUAUGAGCUUGGCCAGAGUAGUGAAGUGAAGGUGUCUGUGCCUCUGCAUGGCUGUGAGCACUUCUACCUCCUGACCAAACCUCAUCAUCAACCUCUUCACCCCAACACACCAGUGGUGAUGGAUAUGGAUGGGAGGAUCUAUGUACGGGCUUGGCAGGGUGGCAUACUGUCGGGAGGUUUUGAAAAGAACCCCAAGCCCAUCUUCACUGAGGGCCGCAAUCAGCUAGAGAUCCAGAACAUGCAAGAGGACUGGGACCAUUUUGAGCCCAUGCUAAAUGCCCUGCUCCGAAGGAUGCCAAGCCUGGACUCCUGUGAGAUCCACCAGCUGGUGAACUGUCCCGAGUCCUUCACUCCAGACAUGCGCUGUCUCAUGGGUGAGACCCCAGGCGUGCAUGGUUACUUUGUCCUGGCAGGCAUGAACUCCUCUGGCCUGUCCUUCGCAGGGGGAGCUGGCAAGUACUUGGCUGAAUGGAUGACGUAUGGAUAUCCAACUGCUAACGUUUGGCCUCUGGACAUCAAGCGCUUUGGCAACCUGCAGAGCAGCCGUACCUUUUUACGCCAUCGGGUCAUGGAGGUCAUGCCACUCCUGUAUGAGUUAAAGGUUCCAAGAUGGGACUUCCAGACAGGCAGGCAGCUUCGCACGAGCCCCCUGUACGACCGGCUGGACACUCAGGGUGCACGCUGGAUGGAGAAGCAUGGCUUUGAGCGUGCCAAAUAUUUUGUCCCUGCUGGAAAGGACUUGCUGGCCUUGGACCAGAGUAAAACCUUCUACAAGCCAGACUGGUUUGACAUUGUUGGAGCAGAGGUGAAGUGCUGUAAGGAGGCAGUGUGUGUGAUUGACAUGUCCUCCUUCACCAAGUUUGAGCUCACAUCAACUGGAGACCAAGCCCUAGAGCUUCUCCAAAGGCUGUGUGCCAAUGACCUGGAUGUUCCUGUAGGGCACAUUGUCCACACGGGGAUGCUGAACGAGAGGGGCGGCUAUGAGAACGACUGCAGCGUGGUGCGGCUCAGCAAAAACAGUUUCUUCAUCAUCUCUCCUACGGAUCAACAAGUGCACUGCUGGUCUUGGAUCAAGAGGUAUAUGCCCAGUGAUCCACAGCUCCAUCUAGAAGAUGUCAGCUGGAAGUACACCGCUCUUAAUCUGAUCGGCCCUCGGGCAAUGGAUGUGCUGUCAGAACUCUCCUACGUCUCAAUGACUCCAGAGCACUUCCCCACUCUGUUCUGUAAGGAAAUGAGUGUGGGCUAUGCCAACGGGAUCAGAGUGAUGAGCAUGACCCACACUGGUGAGCCAGGCUUCAUGCUCUACAUCCCUAUAGAGUAUGCACUGCACGUGUAUAAUGAGGUGAUGUCUGUGGGCCAGAAAUAUGGCAUCCGUAACGCAGGCUACUAUGCCCUACGCAGUCUGCGUAUCGAGAAGUUCUUUGCCUUUUGGGGCCAGGACUUGGACUCCUUUACUACGCCGCUUGAAUGUGGCCGUGAGUUCCGUGUUAAAUUUGACAAGGGCACAGAUUUCCUGGGCAGGCAGGCCCUGAUGCAGCAGCGUCAGGAGGGAAUCACGCGCCGCUUCGUCAUGCUGGUCCUGGAGGAUCACGACGCCGAACUGGACCUGUGGCCCUGGUGGGGGGAGCCCAUCUACCGCAACGGCCAGCUUGUGGGCGUCACCACCAGCAGCGCCUACAGCUACACCCUGGAGCGCCACGUGUGCCUGGGAUUUGUCAGCCCGGCCACCGCAGGCCAAAACCCCACCGUUAUCACACCUGAUUUCAUCAACCGUGGUGACUAUGAGGUGGACAUUGCCGGCCAGAGAUACCCGGCCAAAGCCAAGCUGUACCCGUUCAGUUCACUCUUUGCCCAGCAGAGACGGCGCAAGGAUGACAUGGAGCUCAGCAACUUCCAGGGUAAGUAAGAGGAUGGGACCGUCGCUCAGUGGUGAGGCUCAGGACCAGUGGGAAGGUACAAGUUGGGGACGGGGAGUAGUAGCAUGGCUCUCGUCAUGCCACUUCUUUCUCACUGUACACGCGGUGCCAACCUGUCUGGACUGCACAGUCAGCUCUGUUCUUUGCCUCCUGUGUGCAAUAUGUUUCACACCAAACAAUCAUACAACCAAGAGCCUUGCUUCUGUCCAGUCUGGUCUCCUACUGUUCUCAUACUCUUAUAGCUUUUUUUUUUUCCCCAUUUGACAACAGAAUACUGUUUUGUGAUUUUUAGCCGUAUAUCGAGGGAAAGCUACCCUGGUUUUGAGCACGAACUCUAGUCUGUGCUGAUUGUCUGCCCGAUGUAGUCCUUUUACUUUUAUGCACAAAUAGAGCAGGAGCAGGCUUUUUUUAAUCUUAUGGAUUUAAAGAUCGAAUAAUUUGAUAAUCUUUUGACAAUGAGGUCCUUUUGUUUGAACUGCUCUUCUGAACCAGGCCAAUUAACAGGCCAUGCUGUGGAUAGAGGCUAACAACUAUUACAAGUGUACAAUCAAAUCUUUUUGUCUCAAAUGGCCCCUGAAAAUCAGAUUGGUGUUGAUGUUGACUCAUCAAGGGGACAAAGGCUUUUGUGGUAUCUGAGGCCUUUUGGUGCUUCACACGGUGAGGGACAGGAUAAGAGGAGAGGAAGAAAGUUGCUAAAAUGAUAUCGUAGUGAGCAAAAGACUUGUCAUCUUUUUCAGUGCAAAUUGUUGGGAAUGAGCAAGUUAUUGUUUGUGAUAUGGCCUUGGCGUGUGCUCUCAUUCUAGAACCACAAACCAAGCCAUUUUGAAUAUAUUUCAGAAAAGGGUGUAUUUUUUAUAUGGGCAGAGUGUACAAAAUAUUAUUAUUAUUAUUUCCCCCCCCCAUCUUCUCUGCACAAACAGUAAUGUAUAUAAUGUCUAAUGACUUUAUAUAAUAUAAAGUCACUUUUUCAUAUCUGAAUUUCAUUUGUAAAAUUUUAAUUCUCACUUUAACCUGACUGAAACACCUUGUGAAGUCAUGCUUUAUUGCAGUGGGUUUUAUGCUGAAAAUUGAUUGACUAUUGUACAACAUAACAAAAAUCAUUAUACUAAAUAUAUGUAAAUUAAUAAAAAUGAACCCCCUAAUUUUUUACAAACAUUAAAAUGAAAUUUUUUUUUGGGGGGGGGUGGGGUUGUUUUGUUUAUUGAAUGUGCAAUGCAAGGUAACUGACAACAGGCUUUUGUUGCAGUUUCACUCCUGUCUAAAGUGAUUAAACUUUGAUAAUUAUCUGGCAAGGUACUGUACAGAACUUUGGGUAGAUUUUAUUGUUCUUACUUUAUCCCAUUUUCUUAAUCAGAUGCCACUGAUUUUUGUUGAAUUUAACAGAGAGAUCUGCUGUGGGUGCGUGUGUGUGUGUUUGUAAAAGCGAGACACUUGUACACUAGUGAUGGUUUGAUUUUCAAUGAGAGAAAAGAACACAAUUCUUACUUUUGCAGACUUUGCCUGCAAAGGGGGUCAGAAUCAUCUUAUAAAUAGUAGUAGUUUGUUAUUGGUGGAUCAGAAUAUAUUGUGCAUGAUGGUCUUCUGUAUAUGAAAUGUUUUUAAAUAGUGCUUUAAACAUUUGUCUGUACAUGAGAGCACAGAAACUUUAGUCUCUAUCUAAUCUUGGAACCCAUGGUGGUAUUUAGCCACAGACUGCACAGUAACUCUGCCUCUUCUCUUUAGAGAUGUCUUUCCAUUGGUUGCUCAGCAUUGGCCAGGUAUACAGAGCUUUUGUUAUAAACCAGUAAAAUCACAUCCAUACUGCAGAUCUGACAAAAUGCCAUCUUGUUGCAUCAUGUUUUUUGUUUAUUUAUUUUGGGUGGGCUUUAUUAAUGGGAAAUAAGUUGUUGUAUGGCAUUUUUGUAUCAUUUGUUCAGCAUUGGAAAAAUUUUGACAACUAUUAUGCACCUUAGUAUUAGUUUUGGCAAAAAAAUUAUUUUUAGACCACAAAAAUUGAUUAGCUUUAACAUGGUUUGCUUUUUUGGUUUUGCUCUGGAACUUUGAGGGUAAUAUAGCUAAAAAGCAACAGAAGCUUCUACCCACUCAUUAGAGUCACGCAUACUGCAUCAUCUCACACUGGCCUCAAACCUCACUGAUAAAUGAUCUUAAACAAUAUGUACAACAUAUUCAGAUGGUAUGUGUUAUCAUCACAGAUUCUGCAUGUGCCUUUUACCAAAUAAUACCAAAUAACUUUAGGAUUGGGUUACAGUUUAUUAGUAAUAUAUAUGUCAGAUGUCACCAUGCUGUGUGCAGGGACAGGGUUUUAGGCCAGCACAUUUAAACGUAUUAACACUAGAUAAUAAAUGAAAAAAGAAUGGUUAAGUAACUUUCAAGGUUUCAUUACUUUUUUGAGUGUAGCUAUUCUUCCUGGCACUGACACAAUGUUUUAGUAGGACCAGUUACUAUAUUAUAAUGAGCCGAGCCCAAAGUGUGAGCAACAGUUGCUUGAUGGUAAAUUAUCACUUAUAGCAGAACUGGAAGACAUACCAAAAUAUAAAAACAACAAGCACAUGAUAUGCAGAAGCUCUGCUGCUUCCUUCUGAAUGGGUUUGACACAACAGCUUGCUCUCUGGUAAUGCCCAUAUGCUCAAACAUUGACUGUUUGGUCAGUGCCGGCCUGAAACCUUGGAGAGGAACGAAAGUGACAGUUUGCACAAUAUAGGAUGUUUUUCCACCAGGCUAAAAAUAUACAAACAGUUCCCUAAUAACAUGUAUUUUCAUUUCAGUGUGAUUCAUAAAUCCUAAACUCCCUCCUGGUUAUAGUGAAUUUUGCAAUACCUGGAUGAAUAAAUGUGCUCUGUCCAUGUGCACUAGAACAACUUAAUAUUAGUUUAUGUCUGAAAACAGAAUGAGUUAAUUGGUUGGGAAGUUUCUGCAGAUAGAUUAAUCUCAUCUGCUUGUAGAAUUUUUUGGGAUAAACUAAUUUGACGAGUAGCAGUAGGACUACUACAUCAGAUCUGUUGCAUCAGUGCACUUAGAGUAUGCUGUGAUGUGUUGUGUACUCAUUUUUUUUUGGCUGCUGUAACUUGUAUUUCAAUGUAAACUAUUUCCCUUGUACUGUAAACUGAAGAAGGCUUUUAUUAAGACUCCGUUUUACCCCACAGUAAUAUCAGACGGGUGUCUUGAUGUAUCUGUACUAUUAUUAAUAAAACUAGAGAAAAUAAA